UGUGUGUGUGUGUGUGAUACUGACUUCAGAUCAGAAGAUGAGUGAUUUGGAGGAAGAGGAGGACGGAGCAGAGUCUGUAGUAUCUGGCUGUCAGUCUAUGAAGAGUGACUGGUCCAAAGAUGAACUUCUGAACUUCAGUGCUGAACCUGGACCCUCAGACACAAAACUGACUUCAGAUCAGAAGAUGAGUGAUUUGGAGGAAGAGGAGGACGGAGCAGAGUCUGUAGUAUCUGGCUGUCAGUCUAUGAAGAGUGACUGGUCGAUGCCAUUACCUCCAGACUUCAGUACUGAACCUGGACCCUCAGACACAAAACUGACUUCAGAUCAGAAGAUGAGUGAUUUGGAGGAAGAGGAGGACGGAGCAGAGUCUGUAGUAUCUGGCUGUCAGUCUAUGAAGAGUGACUGGUCCAAAGAUGAACCUCUGAACUUCAGUGCUGAACCUGGACCCUCAGACACAAAAGAGAAGAGGAGUGAAGUUUCUGAGGAGGAGCUGUCCAGAACCAGAACCAGAACCAGAACCAGAACCAGAACCAGAACCAGAACCAGAACCAGAGCUGGACUGCAGACAGCCAGUCAGAGCAGCUCUGAAAAAAAGAUCAGUGGUCAGCAUAAACAUAAACAUAAGAUCAGAGUGAAGAGGACAUAUGAACGUGUGACUGAAGGAGCUGAUCAAACAGGAAGUGGAACCCCCCUCAACAGGAUCUUCACUGAGGUCUACAUCACAGAUGAACUGAGUGAAGAAGUUAAUACCCAACAUGAGGUGAGGCAGCUCGAGACAGCUUCCAAGAUGAAGACCCUCCAUGACUCUCCAAUCAAGUGCAGCGACAUCUUUAAAGCCUUACCUGACCAACAGAAACACAUCAGAGUCGUUAUGAUGCUCGGCGUCGCUGGCGUUGGAAAAACCUUCUCAGUGCAGAAGUUCUGUCUGGACUGGGCCGAGGGUUUGGAAAACCAAGAUGUGGAUCUGGUGAUUCCUCUUUCCUUCAGGGAGCUGAACUUGAUCAAAGAUGAGCAGUACAGUCUUCUGGAGCUGCUCCGUGUUUUCCAUCCAACAUUACAGGAGGUCACAGCAGAGCAGCUCGCUGGCUCUAAAGUUCUCUUCAUCUUUGACGGCCUGGAUGAAAGCAGACUUUCACUGGAUUUCAACAAGAGGAAGGUUGUUUCUGAUGUCAGUCAGAAGUCAUCAGUCAACGUGCUGUUGACAAACCUCAUCCAGGGGAAGCUGCUUCCCUCGGCUCUCGUCUGGAUAACUUCCCGACCUGCAGCAGCCAAUCAGAUCCCUCCUGCGUGUGUUGACAGGGUAACAGAAGUACGAGGCUUCACUGACGACCAGAAGGAGGAGUACUUCAGGAAGAGAGUCAGUGAUGAAGAGCUGUCCAGCAGAAUCAUCUCCCACAUCAAGACAUCCAGAAGCCUCCACAUCAUGUGUCUGAUCCCAGUCUUCUGCUGGAUCACUGCUACAGUUCUGGACCACAUGUUGACUACAGACCAGAGAGGAGAGCUGCCCAAGACCCUGACUGACAUGUACUCACACUUUCUGCUGGUUCAGACAAAGAGGAAGAAGGUCAAGUAUGCUGAGGGACAUGAGACGAGUCCACAGGAGCUGAUGGAGGCUGACAGGGAAGUUCUUCUGAAGCUGGGGAGGCUGGCGUUUGAACAACUAAAGAAAGGAAACAUCAUGUUCUACCAAGAAGACCUGGAGCGCUGUGGUCUGGAUGUCACAGAGGCCUCGCUGUACUCAGGAAUUUGUUCAGAGAUCUUCAAAAGAGAGAGUGUGAUCUUCAAGAAAACAGUCUACUGCUUCGUUCAUCUGAGUGUUCAGGAGUUUCUGGCUGCAGUCUACCUGUUCCACUGUUACACCAACAGGAACACACAGGUACUGGAGGACUUCCUGGGGAAAGACUUCAAGCACAGGGACUCAAACACAGAGUCUUUUCUCAAGAAGAUUUCUAAGCUUUUUGGAAUGAAAGACAAUUACCCAUCCCUGGAUGUCUUCCUGAAGAGAGCCAUGGAGAAAUCCCUUGAGAGUAAAAAUGGCCACCUGGACCUGUUUGUCCGCUUCCUUCAUGGCCUCUCUCUGAAGUCCAACCAGAGACUCUUAGGAGGCCUGCUGGGUCAGACAGACAACAGUCCAGAAAUCAUCCAGAGAGCCAUCAACAACCUGAAGGAGAUGAACAGUGAUGGGAUCUCUCCUGACAGAAGCAUCAACAUCUUCCACUGUCUGACGGAGAUGAACGACCACUCAGUCCAUCAGGAGAUCCAAGAGUUCCUGAAGUCAGAGAACAGAUCAGAGAAGAAACUCUCUGAGAUCCACUGCUCAGCUCUGGCCUACAUGCUGCAGAUGUCAGAGGAGGUUCUGGAUGAGUUGGACCUGGAGAAGUACAACACAUCAGAGGAGGGACGACUGAGACUGAUUCCAGCUGUGAGGAACUGCAGAAAGGCUCGAUUGAGGAGCUGCAGUUUGUCAGAGAUCAGCUGUUCUUCUCUGAUCUCAGCUCUGAAGUCCAACCCCUCCCAUCUGAGAGAGCUGGACCUGGGGGGCAACAAGAACCUGAAGGAUUCAGGAGUGAAGCAGCUGUGUGCUGGAUUGGAGAGUCCAAACUGUAGACUGGAGACUCUGAGAUUGAGGAGCUGCGGUUUGUCAGAGAUCAGCUGUUCUUCUCUGGUCUCAGCUCUGAAGUCCAACCCCUCCCAUCUGAGAGAGCUGGACCUGAGCUACAACCUUAACCUGAAGGAUUCAGGACUGAAGCAGCUGUGUGCUGGAUUGGAGAGUCCAAACUGUAGACUGGAGACUCUGAGAUUGGAGAACUGCGGUCUGUCAGAGAUCAGCUGUUCUUCUCUGGCCUCAGCUCUGAAGUCCAACCCCUCCCAUCUGAGAGAGCUGGACCUGGGGGACAACUACAACCUGAAGGAUUCAGGACUGAAGCAGCUGUGUGCUGGAUUGGAGAGUCCAAACUGUAGACUGGAGACUCUGAGAUUGUGGCGCUGCGGUUUGUCAGAGAUCAGCUGUGCUGCUCUGGUCUCAGCUCUGAAGUCCAACCCCUCCCAUCUGAAAAAGCUGAACCUGUGGAGCAACAACCUGAAGGAGUCAGACGUGAAGCAGCUGUGUGAUCUGAAGGAGAGUCCAGACUGUAGACUGGAGACUCUGGAAUGGUGGUCUCCGUAAGUGUGAUCAGAAGGAGGAUGUUGGAGGAUCAGCUGAGUCCUGAUGAUCCGAGAGCUUGAAGCAGCAGCAUCACCUCUAACUGGGCCAUGUUACUGGGAGGUAGAGUGGAGAGACUGACUGAGGCUCUGCACGGUUCAUCAUUAGCAAUGACACGUGGUCAUGAAAGAAGUAUGUCGGGUGAGUUGAUUGGCCGACAUUAGCCUCUCCUGGUCAGUGACGGUGGCUCUGUCUCCAUCAGAAUCAGCUGACUCAGCAUACGUCAGACUACAGAGUGGAGCCAAGUGUGUAGAGCAUAUGUUUGCUAACAUUUCACAUUUUAACAUCAAUGGUAAACUUCACUGUCGUCGCUGCAGGACAGUCACCUGUUUGUCAGAUAAACUUAACUGCACCGCCCGCUGAAACAACCGUUACCUCACAGAGCCCUUUACCCCCCCCCAC